CGAGGCCAUUAGACAAAAAUGGCUGACAUGGAAGCUAUGGAUGCGAUGGGCGAUGAAAUACCGGACGAUAAUGUUCCUAAUUCUGGAAUGAUGGACGAUGACGAAGAAAAUGAAAAUGACCAUAAUCUUGUACAUGAUCAUAUGAACGAUGACAUGAGCAAUCACCAUGGCAUGGGAAUGGGAAAUGAAGAAGACGAAAUGGGUAUGGGCAUGGGCAUGGACGGAGGAAUGGGGAUGAUGAUGGGCAUGGGAAAUGAAAUGAAUAUGAUGGGAAUGGGAGACGGUCAAUCUGAAAUGGAUAUGAGCAUGAUGGAUGGCGGAAUGCAAGGUGAUUUUAAUAAAUUUAACCGGUUUCCCGGACCUAGAGGUCGUGGCGGCUUUAUGGGACCAAGAGGACCUGGAGGACCCAGGGGAUUCGGAGGACCCCGUGGACCAAUGCCAAUGGGCAUGAGAGGCCCACCUAUGGGAAUGCGAGGACCUCAUGGGAUGAGGGGACCACCACGUGGACCACCCUUUGGCAGGCCACCAUUUGAUCCAAACUAUGGACCACCUGGUAUGGGGCCUAAUCAAGGAAUGAGAGGACCUGGCAUGAAUGGACCAAUGAUGGGAGGACCUGGAAUGGGACCGAAUGGACCUGGCAUGGGACCUAAUAUGGGGGGUAUGGGACCAAAUGGACCAGGAAUGGGACCUGGGAUGCCCCCAGGUAUGGGUCCUCAGGGAAUGAAUAUUAACAAUAAUAAAAGACCUUUGAUGCCACCACCAAAUUUUCCACCUCCAAAUUUCUCAAUGCCUCCUCCUGGAUUUUCCAAUGGAAUGCCCCCGGGUAUGAUGGGUGGUAUGAAUAUGCCACCACCUCUGCCACAUCCACCACUAGAUCCAGCAACACAGGACAUCUGGGUUGAAACUAAAUCUCCAGAAGGCAAAGUUUACUACUACAGCGCAAGGACCAGAGAAUCUGCAUGGACAAAGCCGGAAAAUGCUAGAAUUGUUACCCAACUGGAAUGGGAAGCUUUUCAGACCAGUCAGGCACAAGGUGUUGCAGGGGGACCAUCAACUGCAGCUCAGGCUGCUGUUGCCCAAGCCCAAGCAGCAUCACAGCAGAUGCAAGGGCCUGGCGAUCAGUCUGCUAUGGCACUUUCAGGUGCAGGCCAAGGUUUUAAUCCUGGUUUAUUGCCACCAGGAUUUACUAAUCCAUUCAUGCAACACCAAAUGCCAGUUGGAAACACCCCUGACAUUCCAAUGCAGCAACCUACAAAACCUCCUGAAGUUGCUGAAUGGUCUGAACAUAAAAACACGGAUGGCAAAAGCUACUAUCAUAAUUCACGAACUCAGGAGUCAGUUUGGGAAAAACCACAGGUCUUAAAAGAUUGGGAAGCAAAACUGGAGCAGCUACAGAACUCAGGAUCUCAAGUGCAGUCACAAGUACAACAGCGAGCACCAGAAGUUAUUAAAGUGGAUGCUGGUGAUAGUUCUGAUGAAUCAGAAAAAGAUGAAGAGGAGGAAAAGAAAGAGAAGCCAGAAGAAAUGACUGAAGAGCAGAAAGCAGCUGAAAAAUCUAGACCUGUUUCCAGUACUCCUGUACCUGGAACACCAUGGUGUGUUGUGUGGACUGGGGAUGGUCGCUGCUUUUUCUAUAAUCCUAGCCAGCGUCUUUCUGUCUGGGAAAAGCCAGAGGAUCUUCAGAAUAGACCGGAUGUGGAUAAGUUGCUUUCAUCGAAACCUGAUGCCAAAGCAGCUGAGAAAAAGAAAGAGGAAAAAGUGGAAGAAGAAGAGCCACCAGCAAAGAAAAAAAAGCCCGAGCCAGAACCAAAGGAAGAGAAGAAAGAAGGAGGGUUACCAAAGCAAAUAGAUGUUGGUAAAGAAGCUGCUAUUGAAGCUGAAGUACAGGCUGCUAGGCAAAGAGCAAUAGUUCCUCUAGAAAUACGAAUGAAGCAGUUCAGAGAUAUGCUCGCAGAGAAAGAGGUAUCUGCUUUUUCAACUUGGGAAAAAGAGCUGCAUAAGAUUGUUUUCGAUCAGCGCUACCUUUUAUUAACUUCACGAGAAAGGAAGCAGGUAUUUGAACAGUAUGUGAAAGAAAGAGCUGAAGAAGAAAGACGUGAAAAACAUCGCAGAAUUAAAGAAAAGAAAGAAGCCUUCAAGCAGCUUAUGGAGGAAAGUAAACUUCAUGGAAAGUCAUCCUUCAGUGAUUUUGCUUCAAAAUAUGGUAAAGAUGAACGCUUCAAAGGCAUUGAUAAAAUGCGUGAGAGAGAGUCGAUGUUUCUAGAUUUUGUGAGUGACCUGCGGAAAAGAGAGAAAGAAGAGAAAUCUGUACUAAAGGAAAAGCUGAAGUCUGACUUCAUUAAAUUGCUCAAGGAAACAUCUGGAAUUGAGCGCAAUUCGAGAUGGAGUGAAAUAAAGAAAAAGAUUAACUCUGAUCCCCGUUAUGAGGCAGUUGACAGCAGUUCCCGUAGGGAAGAUUGGUUCAAAGAAUAUGUCAAAACAGUUGAUGAGGCUAACUCAGAAGACGAAGAGCGCAAAGAACGAGAAAAGCAAGAAAGAAUUGAAGCUAGUAUUAAGAAAAGGGAAGAGGAAGUUAAGCAGUCAUUGUCAUCCUCAUUGAGAGAAAGAGAUAAAGAACGAGAACAGCACAAAAAAGAUGAAGCUAUCCAGCAUUUUAAUGCCCUACUUGCAGAUCUGGUACGAAAUAAUGAAGUUACCUGGAGGGAUACUCGCAAACAACUUCGUAAAGAUCAUAGAUGGGAGUUGACUGAUUCCUUAGAAAGAGAUGAAAAGGAAAAACUGUUUGACACUCACAUUGAAGGUCUCUACAAGAGAAAUCGAUCCAUGUUUCAUUCUCUGCUUGAUGAAACAGAGAUAUCUUUGACAUCCACCUGGAAGGAAGUUAAAAAGCAAAUCAAAGAGGAUCCUAGAUACAGCAAGUUUUCUUCAAGUGAUCGAAAAAGAGAGAAAGAGUUCACGGAGUACAUGCAUGAAAAAUUUGUGAAUGCCAAAGCAGAUUUUCGUGAAUUAUUGCGUGAGACUAAAGUAAUCACAUACAAAACUAAGAAAUUUUUAGAUGAAACUGAAGGCCAUCUUGAGGAUAUAGAAAAAGUCCUAGAGAACGACAAGCGGUUUUUGACACUAGAAUGUGUACCAGAUGAAAGGAGAAAGAUUCUUCUCUCCCAUAUUGAUGAACUGUAUCAGAAAGGCCCUCCACCUCCUCCUACAGCUUCUGCACCUUCUCAUAGAGGACUGAAAUGAUUCAGUAUGGCGUGCAAAAAUAAAAGCCUAAUGGCAGUUGUUCUUGCUAUUUUGUAUGAGAGAAAAAUAGAAAGCUUUUUAACCUUUACAUUUUUCCCAUUUUUAAAGUAACUUUUAUUUUUAGUAGCAGUCUGCUUUCUUUCUUAACACAGCAAAUUUUUGUCAACAUUUUUAUCUUUUUUGGACUUUUGAAUAAAAGUGUCAAUUUUUAGUUGCGUUUUCCAUAUUGGCAAUAAAAAUGUUUAGUAAAAACUUUUACAUUUGAAUUAUCGAGCUUAUUUUUUAAAUCUUUGGACCCAAAAAUAAAUGAAUUGCAUACAAGAUUUGGUCAUAAAUGUCAAACAUUUAGUAAAACAAUAGUGGUGAGACUGAAUGCUUGUAAUAGCUUUAUCUCCUUCCUUAAAAAUCACAGACAAAAAAAGGUUGUUAUAAAUAAGUGCACAGUAUUUAACAUUUGUAAUUAGUUAACAAAUCUUUUUUAGAAGUCAAAUGAAUUUUUUUUCUGUUAUUGUUUUUGUUGGUAUUAUAAUAAAGUGGAAGAAUUUUAAA